AUGGCUCGCGGCCCGCCGUCGUGCACGGGGUCCGCGUGGCGCGACACGGCACUGCUGCUUGUCGGCGCGCUGCUCUCUCUCGCGCAACACAGCACCCCCGCGGUUGCUGCUGCCCCAGUGACCCCAGGCGCCACCCCCAACAGCUUCUACCGCUACCACUACCACGUGCGCCGCCUCCCGCCCUUUCUGCGCAACCACCUCAAGCGCGCACAAGGGCAGGGGGACGGAGGGGGCGGAGGGGGCGGAGGAGGCGGAGGAGGAGGAGAGGGGAGCAGCACUGUGCGGGCGGCGAGCAUUGCGAGCAGCGGCGAUGAAACUAUCGUCCUCACCAGCGGCAGCGGCGGCAGCAGCAGCAGCAGGAGCGGGGCUUUAGGCGGCAUAGGUGGCGGCGGAGGGGAAGCGGGCGCCAGCGCGUACGAGCGGGCGCAGGCCGCCAUGGCCGCGGCGAAGGCGCGCAGCAGCGCGUGGGGGAAGUCGAUGCGCGGGCGGGGGCGGACGGGCAAGAGACGGCCAUGGGUGGAUGUGUCGUGGGCCAAUCACAGGCCGCUGGCGCAGGUGUACGAACCUGAUUGGCCCGCCAUUUCGGAGGAGGCGGGGAUGACGGCCGACGGCGGGAGGGGCGCGGGCAAUGGCGCGUGGCCGUUCGCUGAGCCGCGCAUCAGCCCCCAGACGAUCCGGCGCCAGCCGCCAUCGAGCGGGCUACCAUGCACGCCGCUCACCACAGCAGUGAUCAUCGCAGUCAACUCGGAGAACGACUUCGCCCGCCGCCUCAAGUACCCGCCCACCGUCACGGUCGUCCUGGAGCUCCAGAACCACAUCCUGCUCACGGCGCCGCUGCUCUUCAACGCGUCCUUCGCCUGCACCGUGCUGCGCUCCACCGCCCGCCCCGCACGCGGCUUCCAGCUGACGCUCAUGCGCACGGACGCGCCGCUGCUGUGGAUAGCGGGCGCCAGCAACGUGCUCGUGCUGCGCGUCUCCUUCUUCCAGCCCUACGCCCUUGACACCAACGCGUGCCAGGGCAUCCCGUAUGUGGGCACAGACGUCAUCUGCCCCGCCAUCCACAUCUACCAGGCGCCAGGCACUUAUCAGCAAGACCGCGGAUUGAGGCGCUUGCUCUCCACCUCUGCUCCCCGCCGCUACUUCUCCCCCCGCCAGGCGGCCAAGGGGCAGGGGGCAUGGAGCACGGUGUACGCGCGGGUGGACGUGCCGUGGUGGGUGGGUGGCAUCACGCCCGCACUGGGCCCGCCAUCUGCCCCACACCAACCCCCACGCACUCAUCAUCAAAACAGCCACUUGAAGCGCUUGCUCUCCACUGCCCCCUGCUGCUCUUCCUCCCCCCCACAACAGUCAGCCAACGUGCAGGUGGCGCGCGGCACGGUGUACGGGCGGGUGGACGUGUACUGGUCGGUGGCGGUGCGUGUGGACGGCAUGAAGGUCACGGGGGUGGGCGACUUCAAGCGCGGCCAGGGGCUCAUCCGCGUCGCCUUCUGCGGCCACGGCCCCACCAUGCAGCGCAGCGGGGUCGUCAUCAGCAACAACGAGGUCUUCGCCAAUGUCACACUUGCAAAUGACCCAGCAGGCAAAUGUCGCUCACUCAAACAAUCUGUGCUUCCUCAUCCCACCUGGGCCCUCCUCUUCCCAUCGGGGCCAUGCUCUUCCGGCCAACCACCCCUGCCUUCUCUCUCGCCAGGCGCACGUUUCCCCAUAGUGCUGUAUUUCGGGGCGGUGGGAGUGACGGUGAGCAACAACUACGUGCACGAUUUCAUAUUCGCGGGCAUCGUGUGCGGUGCGUUCGUGUCGUACGUGGGCGACUGCAUGCUGUCCACCAUCUCCAACAACCUGGUGGUGGCCACGGGGCGGAACAUCAGCGGCGACAUGGACGCCUCGGGCAUCUACUUCAACACGCACUGGUUCAACCCUGGCAACCUAGCGGAGUGCAACUACGUGAUCGGCGGCGACCAGUGCUACUACCUGGACUUCGCGUCGUCGGGUGUGACCAUCCGAGGGGGCGCGUGCAUUGACACGUACGCGGGCAUGAAGGUCAACAACGGCAAGAGCAACGUGAUAGAGGACGUGGUGGUGAAGAACGCGCGCUGGACGCCCGGGUGGUCCACGUGCCUCACAGCGGAGGUGGUGAACGGUGGGAAGAAGCCCGGGUCGUACUGGGAGCAGAUGCGCCGCAAGUACUACAACUCGGCCCAGUUCAACCAGAACUGGCCAUGGAUGCAAACGGUGUGCUCAGAGACGGGCGUGAACGGCGUGCCGUGCAACACCAACGCGCGGGGAACCCUCAACGCCACGCAGACGGGCAAGUGCAGCGGGCUGCCCACGCGCAACUCGCUCAUGCUCGUGCUCGUCAAUGCGCUCGACUACGACAUGGACUUCAAGUACUGCGAGGACCUGCCCAACACGCCGCGCCUCAACUCGCACCGCUUCAUCAACGUCACCAACGUCGCUGAUGCGCAGUUCCUGGAUUUCGUGGAGGACGACUUGGGCGUGAGAAAGGGGUCGUCGCUUUACAAGGCCCGGCCGAAUUUCAAGAGCUGCCCGAGGAGUGAAGUUGGGCCGAAAAAGCUCUUGGAGAGGUCUUACUAUGAGAGCUUUAAUAAGGCUAUUCCGGAUGUUUAUUAUGUUACAUUAGGCGUGCAAGGGGGCAAGGUGGUGGGCAUGGGGCAGCGGAGAAAAAGAGCGAGACACAUGUGGGGUGAAGGGGAGUAG